GUUGUUUCCUCAAGGCUAUCCGAGAGUAGUGUGAUGCGAGUGUACUUCGCUCCUUUAAGGAUAUUGGUAAAGAUUCAAGAGUAGUUGUGUGGCUUGUUGGGGUAAGAGAUGGAUCAUAAAGCAUGGCCUUGGAAGAAGAAAUCAAUGGAGAAAACAGUUGUUGAAAGCAAUGGGGGUAUCUACUCCAAUGGAGAGAUUGAGAAGCUUCUUGCCGACAAGACAGAGCUGGUGAAUCGCCUUACAAGUUUAAAUGAUAAACUUACCUCUGUCCAAGCUGAGAGCAAUAAGCAUAAGACUGAGACACAAGAAGCAAUUAUUGGUUGGGAGAAGGCAAAAGCUGAAUCAGCAUCUCUCAAGAAGAAGCUAGAAGAAGCUUUGAAUGAGAAACACAUGAGCGAUGAGAGGUCUAGCCACACCGAUGCUGGUCUAAAAGAAUGUAUGCAGCAGCUUCGCUUUGUCCGGGACGAGCAGGAGCGAAGGAUGCAUGAUGCUUUAACAAAAGCAUCACAGGAACACGAACGGAGAUUGAUGGUUAUAAAGACGGAACUGGCAGAUACUAGUAAGAAGCUUGCAGAAUCACAAGGGGAGAAUACUCAACUCUCCAAGGCUUUGUUAGCAAAGAGCAAAACUGUUGAAGAUCUAAACAGAGAGAGAGAACGCCUCCACGCUGAUAUCAAUGCUUUGGUGAGUAGUUUAGAGUCAAAGGACAAAGAAAACGGUUCGUUGAGAUAUGAAGUCCGAGUGCUGGAGAAAGAGCUUGAGCUUCGGAAUGAAGAGAGAGAGUUUGGUCGUCGAACCGCUGAAGCAUCUCAUAAGCUUCACUUAGAGAAUGUGAAGAAAGUUGCAAAGCUAGAACAAGAGUGUCAACGGUUGCGUGUACUUGUCAGGAAACGGUUACCUGGACCUGCUGCUAUGUCCAAAAUGAGAAGUGAAGUAGAGAUGUUGGGAAGCAGAAGAGUCAGUGGAAGCCCUAACGGCGCCAUGAUCAAUAACCUCACUGAGCAACUAUGCUUAAUGGAAGAAGAGAACAAGACUCUGAGGGAUGCUUUAAACAAGAAAGUCAACGAGCUUCAGUUCUCAAGAACUAUGUAUUCUAGAACAGCUUCUAGACUACUAGAAUUCGAGGAAUCUUCUAAAGGAACAACAAACAUUGAGCCAAGCAGGAGCAGCAAUGUUUCACAUGAAGUCUCUCUUGCAUCAUUGUCAGAGUUUGACCAUGAUGAUAAAGUUAGCUGUUCUGAUUCUUGGGCUUCUGCUUUGCUUUCAGAGCUGGAGAAUGUCAAGAACAAAAAGCAAAGGGGUUCAAGUUUGGUUGGAACCCCUAAAGCUUCAGAGAUGAAACUAAUGGAUGACUUUGCUGAAAUGGAGAAGCUUGCAAUGGUCACAAGCUCUCCUAUCUUCUCUUCUGAUUCCAUUUCAGCUACUGGUCCUGUAGAGAACGAAUCUAAUGAAGAUUCAUCAGAGGCAACAAAAACUCCCAAAGAUGUCAAGUCAGAUUCAACGAGCAAGUUACCUCAAUCUCUUCAUACUGUCUUGAAAGCGAUUACGGAACAUAAGCGUGUUACGCAGAGGAACACUGAUGAAGUACUUGAAGAGAUCAGACAAGCUCUAUCAGGUGUAAACCACCCAAGCUUAAAACAGACCGAGAGUCUCACUGUGGAAGGCUCAUCACCAGACACGGAGUGUGAGAUCACCAAGUCCAUUCGCAGAAUUGUUGAAGUUAUCGAAGGAGUCAGCUUAAAAGAUGAGAGGCUUUCAGGCUACACUGCUCGUGUCUUGCAAUGGAAAACUACAGAGCUAAGUAGUGUACUGCAGCGAUUUCUCCAGACCUGUUACGAUCUAAUGGACAGAAAAGCAGACAUGAAGAAGUUUGCUGAAGAGUUAAGCUCUGUAGUGGAAUGGCUGGUGAACCAUUGUUUCUCUCUUCAAGAUGUUUCAAGCAUGAGAGAAGAGAUCAAAAAGCAGUUUGAAUGGGAUGAGUCAAGGAGUGGAAGUGAAGUUGAUAUUGGAGUAUUUGGUCAGAUCUCAGAAGCAGAGAAGCUUAAGACAGAUGAUCAGCUGAUUGUAGAAAAACCUGGCAAUCACAAGAAGGUUGAAGAAGAUACAAAGGACAAGACAGCAAGUGCUUCAGCGAAAGAUCUCAAGCUGGAGGAGAAACAAAACAUGCGAACUGAACUGGAGAUCACUGCUGCUUCUGAAAAGUUAGCAGAGUGUCAAGAGACGAUACUAAACCUGGGAAAGCAGCUCAAAGCAUUGACUAACUCAAAAGAAACAGACAACCUCACACCUGACCUUACUACUGCACUACCUUCACAAGAGACAAAACCAGAGAAGAGACUGACCACUCAAAGAUCAUCUCUUUUGGAACAAAUGAAGGCAGAGGAUAACGACAAUGGAGAAUCCAAGGAGCAGCAUAAACCUCAAGAAACAGAUAAAGUCGGAAAGGGAGGCAGUUCUGUUUACAAUGAAACCAUUGAGGCAUUGGAACAGAUUCUUCUGUCAGACAAAGAAAAGAGCAAAAGUUCUGAAUCAAACUGUUUUGCCAUUGUUCCUCAGAAAAAGAGCAACGGAGCUAAGAGCCUGUGGAGAAAGCUGUUGGGGAGGAAAAAGAAAAGUAAGACCAUCAAGCUUCCUAAUCCAUUUACCAUCUAAGAAGAUGGUGUCACCUAUAUACUACUUAUUAUAAUGUCAUCUAAUCCAUUUGAUCUUUUUAUGUUCCUCCUACUAUGCAAACUAAACUGUCAUUUUCGUAGAAUUUUUUGGCAGCAUGUAUAAAAGAUACAGUAAAGUAAUCUUUUGAUCCAAUGUAUCUAUCAUUGGCAGGGUUUAUCAUACCCG